AUGUCAUCCUUCACAGCCCAACUCCCAAGGCAUAUUCUUCACAAGGUGAUUGAACCUCAAUGGCUACCUCAUAGAGAAGAAGAAACAGAAUCUAGUCUAACAGCCCUGGAGGCAGCAGAAGAAGCUUACGCUGAACGAUUGAACAAAAUUGUUCAGAACACUUCCAACAGCACUAUCAUUGGUGGUGGUCCACGACAAACCUCGGCCCGUCGUCGACAACGGCGUGCAUCCGAAGAAACAUCUGGAACGACUGCUACUGCCGAUCCUACUAGUAAUAGUGAUGAUACAUCGACGGUAGUAGCCCAGCAGCAACAAGCUCCCCAUCUUCCGCAUGGACAUUUCUGGAAUCGACCGCGGCGGUCCACCACCUCCACAUUUCGGAGUGGAGAAGGAGGAGGAGCAUCCGCUUACUAG